AUGGCGCCAGCAAGAAUCGUGGAACCCAAAAUCCCAUGGACUUCUCCCGCCCACCAGCUAGAACAUUACGAUGGUCCUCCACGCAAUGUUGCAUACAUUGACUCGGUCCAUUUCGACAAAAGUCUUCAACCCAAGAAUUAUGAGAUUCUAGGCACUCAUCCAGAUUCACAGGUCCUGUUUGUUGAUGUGAAUAUUCUUGAAGCCACUGGCCAGCCAAUGUAUCGAGGUGAUGUAUACAUUAAAGGCCAGCGCAUCAAGGCUGUUGGGAAGGUAGAGAACAAAGAGGAGCUGUUGAAAGAUCCGACAGUGCGAGUAUUUGAAGGGAAAGGACGCACUCUCAUGCCCGGUCUAGGCGAUGCUCAUACACAUUUGACUUGGAAUGGGGGCGAUCUUGAUCGUCUGGGAGAAUUGGAAGUUGAAGAGCAUGUUCUCUUGACGGCACGUAGUGCUCAGUGUUAUCUUGAUUCCGGAUAUACGAUGUGCUUUGGAGCUGCAUCUGCAAAAGAGCGCCUUGACAUUGUCAUUCGAAAUGCCAUCAAUGCCGGCGACAUUCCGGGUCCCCGAUACCUUGCCAAUGGGAAGGAAAUGGCCCGCCGAGGUGGUGAACUGGUGGCAGGAAUAACCGCCUUUGCGGAUGGACCGGACGAGAUGCGAUCUGUUAUCCAGCAUCACAUCGGACUAGGAGCUGACAACAUCAAGCUAUCAAUGUCUGGUGAAGAGAUCACUGAGACAAGGUCGGCACAAGACUGCUAUUUCACCGACGAAGAAACAGCGGCUUGCGUGGAUGAAGCACACAAGGCGGGUAAACGACUUUGCGCACAUGCACGAGCAAGAGAUUCUGUCAAAAUGUGCGUUAAGCAUGGCGUGGACGUAAUCUAUCAUGCCUCCUACAUUGACGAAGAAGGAAUGGAUAUGUUAGAAGUAGCCAAAUCGAAACAUGUGAUCGCACCGGGUAUAAACUGGCUGAUCGGGACUUUGAACGAUGCAGAGGCAUUUGGAUACACUCACGAGAAGGCAGAACAAGUGGGUUACCGCAAGGAGCUGGAGCACGCCAUCCGAGGUCUUCGAGAAAUGCAUCGGAGAGGCAUUGUGGUGUUGCCCGGAGGUGAUUAUGGCUUCGCCUGGACACCGCACGGCACAUAUGCUCGAGAUCUAGCUCACUUCAAGAACCUACUGGGCUUUACCGCGCACGAAGCCAUUAUCGCAUCGACCUACGGCGUGGCUAAACUCUUCAUGCGGUCGCACGAGAUGGGUCAGAUCAAGGAAGGGAAUUUUGCAGAUUGUAUCCUGGUCGAUGGCAAUCCGUUGGAGGACAUCGGCGUGCUCCAGGACCACGAUAAGUUGAAUAUCAUCAUGAUCAAUGGAAGGGUUCACAAGGCUGGACAUCAGGAAUAUGUGACCCCAUCAGUGGCCGGUUCUGAUGGGAAUAGACAUCCCAUUGUGCCGAAUAUUGAGUUUCCACCGGUCAAGAAGGAGAUGCAGAAGCAGUAUUGA